UCCACAGUACCUGGGUGGCUGUCCCUUCUCCGAAAUGGCAGGUGUGAGUGGUUGUUUGAAAUAUUCUAUGUUUUUCUUCAACUUCUUGUUCUGGAUAUGUGGUAUGUUGAUCCUGGCAUUAUCGAUAUGGGUGAGAGUAAGCAAGGAUGGCAAAGAGAUCAUCUCUGCUAGAGACUCUGGCACGGACCCCUACGUUGCUGUGAAUAUCUUGAUCGCGGUGGGGGCCAUCAUCAUGGUUCUGGGCUUCCUGGGCUGCUGUGGUGCCGUGAAAGAAAGCCGCUGCAUGCUUCUCUUGUUCUUCAUUGGCUUGCUCCUGAUUCUGCUCUUGCAACUUGCAGCAGGAAUCCUGGGAGCUGCGUUCAAAUCUGAGUCUAGCCGACUUCUGAAUGAAACCCUCUAUGAAAAUGCAAAACUCUUGUCUGAAACGACUCCUGAGGCGAAAGAAUUCCAGCAGGCCAUGAUCGCGCUUCAGGAAGAGCUUAAAUGUUGUGGCUUGGUCAAGGGAGCUGAAGAUUGGGGAAAUAAUUUUAAUGACGCUCAAGAGUCAUGUAAAUGUUCAGUUUCGCCAGAUUCUCAGUGUAACAGUCAUUCGGGAAUUAGUGUUAAUGCAAAGACCUGCCUUUCUCUGAUAAGAGAUAUGGUUGAGAAGAACAUUAUCAUCGUCAUUGGAAUCGCUUUUGGACUGGCGGUUAUCGAGAUUCUUGGUUUGGUGUUUUCUAUGGUGCUGUACUGCCAGAUUGGGAGCAAAUGAACUGGCGGAUUUACGAAGUUAUCAACAUCAUUUAAGUUUUUUUGGUUUUGGCUUUGUAACUUUAAAUAAGUGAGUACUGUAAAUAUCAGGAUCAAAUGUCUUAUUAAAAUGUCUUGCCUAGGUAGCUACAGAAAUCUUCACAUGUAUUCAGCAUAUUUAAAUGUGAGGGACAUAAGAAAAAUGGAUGUGAAAUUUUUUUCUCUCAAAAUAAAAACAGUGUUUAUGUUGAUGCUUUUUUGGUGACUGGUCAUUGUGUUCAGGUGGCUCUGUGCUCCUGGUGACAUUCAUCUGGAACCAGCCAGUGGAACAGCUUCAUUUCUAAGUGACAAGAGAAUAGUAGGGCAGUGAAUCUGGGAGUUUUCAAAAACACUGAUUGUUUUUCAAAUACCUGUUUCAUCAGGAACAUCAAUGACUGAUAACGAGAUUGUCUAAACUUGAAAUACUUAAGAAUGAUCCAGGUGUGCAAAUCACCAUCUUUUUUAAAAAUCAU